AUGAUUGUGAUGAAUUGCAUAUUGGAAAGCAGUAAGUAUACAAAAGACACAAUGAGAAGUAUAGCUGUGGUGCUGUGCCUGGUGGCAGCGGCCAACGCGGUCUCCUUCUUCGAUCUAAUCAAAGAAGAAUUCCACGCAUUCAAGUUGGAACACAACAAGUCCUAUGACAGCGAAGUGGAAGACAAGUUUCGCAUGAAGAUCUUCGCCGAAAACAAGAUGCGCAUCGCCAAGCACAACCAACGCUUCCAGCAAGGGCUCGUCUCCUACGAACUCAAGCCGAACAAGUACGCCGACAUGCUGCACCAUGAAUUCGUUCACACCAUGAACGGAUUCAACAAGACCGUCAAACAUAAGGGCCUGCUCCACGCCAAAGGCCUAAACAGCAAGGCGGCGACGUUCAUCCCCCCCGCGCACGUGAAGUACCCCGACCAGGUCGACUGGCGCAAGAAGGGCGCCGUCACCGACGUCAAAGACCAGGGCAAGUGUGGCUCUUGCUGGUCCUUCAGUACCACCGGUGCCCUGGAAGGCCAACACUUCCGCAAGACUGGAUUCCUCGUGUCGCUCUCUGAACAGAACUUGAUCGACUGCUCGGCCCAGUACGGCAACAACGGCUGCAACGGCGGCCUCAUGGACUACGCCUUCAAAUACAUCAAGGAUAACGGCGGCAUCGACACCGAGAGGAGCUACCCCUACGAGGGCAUCGACGACAAGUGCAGGUACAACCCUAAGGACAGCGGUGCUGAUGAUGUGGGUCUAGUGGACAUCCCUAACGGAGACGAGGAGAAGCUGAUGCAGGCUGUGGCUACCGUAGGCCCCGUGUCCGUCGCCAUCGACGCCUCGCAGGACAGCUUCCAGUUCUACUCCAAGGGGGUCUACUACGACGAGAACUGCUCCUCUGAAAACUUGGACCAUGGAGUGCUGGUGGUGGGGUACGGCACGGACGAGGCGGGCGGCGACUACUGGCUCGUGAAGAACUCGUGGGGCCGCACGUGGGGCGACCUCGGCUACAUCAAGAUGGCGCGCAACAAGAACAACCACUGCGGCAUCGCCACCUCCGCCUCCUACCCGCUCGUCUAG